AUGUAGUCGAUAUCCUAAGAUAGGAGUACCCGCUUCCUCCUUCUCUUCUCUUUGUCUUCCUUCUUCUCCACUUCUCCAAGGUUCGACAACCUCUUUUCCCUCGCCACUUCCCUCGCAGUAACCGUUAAACUCUUCCACAUUCUCUCACUCUUUCUUCUCUUCUCACCUACAAAUUCACCUCUUUUUGUUUUACACACUCACCCACUCAAGCAUCAUGAUGUCAUUGGUGAAGUACUCAGCAUGGCCUCUCACCAACCCUGCUUCCUUAAGUCACGCGCCAAGGCCUCAACUCUGCACUUUCCCUUCUAUCCACAACCACACCGUUCAACCCUCUCUCUCUUCCCUCAAACCUCUUCACGUUUCAUCCGCUCACAACUUUGCUUUGUCGCCAAAACUCAGAACAAGGGUCACACAGUGCCAGGCCUAUGAAGCAGACAGGUCGCGGCCAUUGGAGCUUAACAUUGAGCUUAACCACGAAGAAACAGGGAUCGAAGCAACCCAGAGACUCAAAAUCGGUUUGUAUUUUGCGACGUGGUGGGCUUUGAAUGUGGUCUUCAACAUAUACAACAAGAAGGUUCUGAACGCCUUUCCUUACCCCUGGCUUGUUUCCACUCUCUCCCUUGCUGCUGGCUCUCUCUUGAUGUUAAUCUCAUGGGCCACAAGGGUUGCCGAAGUUCCCAAUGUUGAUCUGGAGUUCUGGAAGGCCCUUUUUCCUGUUGCUGUGGCACACACCAUUGGGCAUGUUGCAGCUACUGUGAGUAUGUCCAAAGUUGCAGUUUCAUUCACGCACAUCAUCAAGAGUGGAGAACCUGCUUUCAGUGUUCUGGUAUCAAGGUUCUUGCUAGGGGAAGCAUUCCCUGUGCAGGUUUACCUUUCACUGCUUCCGAUUAUAGGAGGUUGCGCACUCGCUGCUGUGACAGAGCUCAAUUUCAACAUGAUUGGAUUUCUGGGCGCUAUGAUAUCGAAUUUGGCCUUUGUGUUUCGGAAUAUAUUCUCGAAGAAGGGAAUGAAAGGGAUGCGUGUUAGUGGAAUGAAUUACUAUGCUUGUCUUUCCAUGUUAUCUCUCUUCAUUCUCACACCUUUGGCCAUUGCUGUGGAGGGCCCAGAGUUAUGGGCUGCAGGCUGGCAAAAAGCCUUGUCUCAGAUUGGUCCCAAUUUUGUGUGGUGGGUGGCUGCUCAGAGUGUGUUUUACCAUUUGUACAACCAAGUAUCUUACAUGUCCCUGGAUCAGAUUUCACCCUUAACAUUUAGCAUAGGGAACACGAUGAAGAGGAUUUCGGUUAUUGUCUCUUCAAUCCUUAUCUUCCACACACCAAUUCACCCCGUCAAUGCUCUUGGUGCUGCCAUUGCAAUUCUUGGUACCUUCCUCUAUUCACAGAUUGUUGACAUUAUUGAGAUUGAAGAAGAAAGUUGGCAAAUUAGGAAGACAAUGCAAUGGGGUUUUUGUGCAUUUGAGGAAAGAUUGGUUAUGGAGAUAAGGUUGUUCCUGUUCAUGUGCUCUCUGUUGCCAAUUUCACUGGGAUUAGAUCCAUCUCCACCGUUUCUUUUUGGCACUGCUUCUUCUUCCUACCAGUAUGAAGGGGCUUACUCUAGUGACGGCAAAGGGUUGAGCAACUGGGAUGUCUUCUCUCACAUAGCAGGUAGUAUAGAUGAUGGAAGUAAUGGCGACGUUGCCGUUGAUCAAUACCACCGGUAUCAGGAGGAUAUUGAUCUAAUGGAAGCUAUAAAAGUGAACAGCUACCGGUUUUCAAUAUCAUGGGCAAGAAUUCUACCACAAGGUAGAUUUGGAGAAGUUAACAUGGCGGGUAUCAACUACUAUAACAGACUUAUAGAUGCGUUGCUACUCAAAGGUAUCCAACCGUUUGUAACAUUGUUUCACUUUGACAUCCCUCAAGAACUUGAGGACAGAUACGGAGCUUGGCUAAGUCCCCAAUCACAGGAAGAUUUUCAAUUCUUUGCAGAUAUCUGUUUUAAGUCCUUUGGUGACAGAGUCAAGUACUGGGUGACUUUCAAUGAGCCAAAUUAUCUAAUCCCAAUUGCUUACCGCGAAGGUACAUUUCCACCAUGUCGCUGCUCUGGCAAAUUUGGAAAUUGUAGCGGGGGAGAUUCAGAGAAAGAACCCUUUGUGGUUGCCCAUAAUAUGAUCCUAUCACAUGCAUCUGCAGUUGAUCUUUAUCGAAACAAAUACCAGAAUGAGCAAGGCGGAAAAAUUGGAAUAGUCUUACAUUGUGAUUCCUUUGAGCCAUUAAGCAAUUCCACAGCAGAUAAGUUGGCAACCGAAAGGGCGCAAUCAUUCAGCAUUAAUUGGAUCUUGGAUCCAAUCUUAUUCGGUAAGUACCCAAAAGAGAUGGAGAUAAUUCUAGGAACCCUCUUACCUAAAUUUUCCAGUAAUGACAAAGUAAAACUGAGGAGAGGACUGGAUUUUAUCGGCAUCAACCACUACGCAAGUUAUUAUGUCCGAGAUUGCAUAUCAUCUGUGUGUGGACAUGGGAGAGGAGUCUCCAGAACAGAGGGCUUAUAUGAGCAAACUGCACUAAAAAAUGGUGUCCCAAUUGGAGAGCUUACUCCAUUUGAAUGGCUCAAUGUUCACCCACAAGGCAUGAAGAAAAUGCUUAUGUAUCUAAAAGACAGAUAUAACAACACUCCCAUGUUCAUUGUGGAAAAUGGAUAUGCUACUUUGUCUGAUCCAAAUGUUACUGAGAAAGAAUAUCUGAAUGAUCAUAAGAGAAUAGAGUUCAUGUCUGGUCACUUGGAUAAUGUAAUGGCAGCAAUAAGGGAAGGAGCAGAUGUGAGAGGUUACUUUGUUUGGUCCUUGCUGGAUAACUUUGAAUGGAUCUAUGGGUUUUCAGUAAGAUUUGGACUUUACCACGUCGAUUUUGCCACACUGAAGAGAACACCAAAACUAUCAGCAAGUUGGUACAAGUUUUUCAUUGAAAAGUAUAUGGCAGACAACACAAAACAAAGAAGCAUUCUCAGAAAAACAGGGGAAGAGAAUAAUACAACUACAUCGUACCCAAUACAGCAGUAGUUAUUAGACAAGUAUUACACUCUUUUCCUUGUUCUACCCUAUUGUAUAAAAAACAAAAAAAUGUAUUUGAUUGGUAUCAGUACGAGGUGCGUUCUGAGCUAUCAAGUGAUUGCUCCAGUUUGAAAUUUAGCUACAUACAAGGCUAGCAUGUGAUAAAUUCAGAAAGAUAUAAAUUGCAUACAGUAAAUAAGCAAAGCAUCAUGGUUGAAUAGUCAUAAAAUAAUACUUUCAUCA